AACAGAAAGAACAGACCAGACAGAACAUGUUGAAUAAAUAUGAAGUGCUCAGGUGGCACUUAUGGCCAUAAGAUUGGCGUUAUCUAUUCUCUGGUUCGGGGUCGGACUUUCGGGGGUCUCAUUCCGUCCCUUUUUCACUCUCCCUUUGCCAGGUAGGAGGAAGGAGUGACCAGACCUGGGACGGGAGGCAGAGAUAGUUGUAGAGUUGGCCCCAAAACCCACACAGACUUCCCUGAGACUCCAUAGGUAGCUCCAGACUCCACCCUCUUUGUCUUCCGGUUCUGGUCUGGGCUGUAGGGUUUAAAUCUGGCGCGCUUCACUUGGAUUGGCUUCACCCGGGAGUGGUUGGCUGUCCGCUAGCUGUCGCUCCUCCUCGCCUUUUCCCCGGGCAAAAGGUUUUCAAAUUCGACCAAUCGGUGGACGCGUUCCUUCGGCUGAGGCGCGUCACCAAAGGGUUAACCGCAGCCAACCGGAGGCGGGUAUUAGAGAAAAGAGCCAAUCAGGAGGGCGCGGGGGUGUGCCCUGGGGGCUUAUAAGGGCGGCCCCUGGGCGCGCGCGCUAGCAGUUGGACUGCGGCGGGCGGUUGUUCCUCGGCCUCGGAAACCGUCCUCCUCACCGCUCCUCUACCUCACGCAGCAUGUCGGGCCGCGGCAAGACCGGCGGCAAGGCCCGCGCCAAGGCCAAGUCGCGCUCAUCGCGAGCGGGCCUCCAGUUCCCCGUGGGCCGCGUGCACCGGCUGCUGCGGAAGGGACACUACGCCGAGCGGGUGGGCGCCGGCGCCCCGGUCUACCUGGCGGCGGUGCUCGAGUACCUCACCGCCGAGAUCCUGGAGCUGGCGGGCAACGCGGCCCGCGACAACAAGAAGACGCGGAUCAUCCCCCGCCACCUGCAGCUGGCCAUCCGCAACGACGAGGAGCUCAACAAGCUGCUGGGCGGCGUGACGAUCGCCCAGGGAGGUGUCCUGCCCAACAUCCAGGCCGUCCUGCUGCCCAAGAAGACCAGCGCCACCGUGGGGCCGAAGGCGCCCGCGGGCGGCAAGAAGGCCACCCAGGCCUCGCAGGAGUACUGAGGGCGCCCGCGCCGCCGCCCGGCCCUCCCCUUGCCACCACAAAGGCCCUUUUAAGGGCCACCACAGCGCUCAUGGAAAGAGCUGGGCCACGUCGGGCUCGGGGCCGGCCGGCUGCGCGCUCGCCCCCUCCGCGGCCCCGGCGCCGCCCGGCCAGGCCCGGCCCGCCCCUCCCCCGCGCGCCUCGCUCCCGCCGCGGCUCGGCCGAGGGCGGCCGUUCGGACGGCGCUCGGCCCCAGGAGCGAGCCCGUGACUCGGCCGGCCUGGCCCCCGAGUGCUGACGGGCUGCGGGGAGGCCGCGGCACCUUCUGGAAAGCCGGGCCGGCCGCGCUGACGCAGGGCCGGGGCGCGCGUGCGGCGGGGAAGGCGAGUCGGUGCGGACGGCCGCCGGCGGGGCCUCGCGCGCGCGGCUCCCCGGACGGGGCUCGCUUGCCGGCGGCCGCGUCAGUCGGUCACUUCGUUUGUCCCGGGACCCCCUUUGCUGCCGGAUCCCGGGCCCUGCACGUCCGCGCUCCCUCCAUCUCCACUCGCAGGCCUGUGCGCGUCCUGGAAGAGACAGUUCGCGGCGGGAGCGGGUCCCGGCGGCGUGGGGGCUGCGGGAGUCCUGCCCCCGGCCCCGCGCCCCCCGCCCCGCUGCCCUCCCGGCGGGCCCGCGCCGCAAGCCAGGCACCUAGAUACCAGCACUAGUCCGUUAAUCCGCGUCUGGACUGAGCCGCCGUUGGCUUCGGAACUGGAAUUUUGCAGCUAACCCACCCGAGACAGUACUUUAGGUAUUGGGGAGUUUCAGAUGGACUAAUUUUGUUUAUUAA